CUGCUUCACUAAAUGUUCUACAGAGACCCAGCAUGUAAACAGCAGGGCUUCCAAAGUUAUUACAGAAAGAGGCAGAUCUCAUUCAGAGAGGCUGUGAAAGCCAUUCCAUUCACUCUAUUCCAUUCCAGCCUUUACUAUGAGCCGUUCUCCCCUCCGCAGCCUUCAUGUGCUCUGGUGUUCACUCUACUCUCAAGCAGUACGAUAGUUGUGUGACGUAAAAUUCCUAGAAGAGUAGCUUCUUGCCUUUUAUACGCUCUUGGUUUGUGUCAGAAGUCAUCCCACCACUGCUGAUAACUUCACCACUUAAAGGGAUACUACUGUCUGAUUACUUAACUUAAUGAUCUUCUUUCCCUCCAUCCCUCCAUCCCUCCCUCCCUCUCCAUGGUCAGGUGCAUUGGUAGAGGUGCCCAGUGAAGAAGGGACAGAAGAGGAGUUUAUGAAAGAAGAGAGAGACUGACUGAUUGACACCACUGAGGAUGAAGAAGAGCAGAAGUGUGUUAGCGGUGUCACCCGGCGGUGACACCAAUGAGACCCCGGGAAUGUUCGGCAGCACUCUUGGAGUGGACCUUUGCCGGGGCCGCAGGCGUCACUCGGGCACGCUACAGCUGCCCCCGUUGUCAUGGCGACAGGCGGAGAGGGAUCUAAGCCGCGCGCCAGAGGGGGACACCAUGGCCCGGCCCACCACCCUGCCCUUCCACCCUCUGCCACAGAUCAACAUCAUCCACGCCGACCCCGACAGCUUCGAUGUGGAGAAUGGCCCGUCUGCGUGCUGCAGCCCCUCGGGUCUCCAGGCGUCCCCUGGCUCCGGCCUGGUCCUGCACCCCAACCUGGGGGCCCACGGGCAGCGCCGAGAGUCCUUCCUCUACCGCUCUGACUCGGACUACGACCUGUCGCCCAAGUCUCGCGAGUUGUCCCGGAACUCCUCUAUCGUCGGAGAACUGCAUGGAGAAGAUCUGAUCGUGACCCCCUUUGCUCAGGUUCUUGCCAGUCUCCGCACGGUACGGAACAACUUCACCACCUUGACCAAUGUACAAUGUACCGCCAAGAGAUCACCUGCUGGCCCCCAGCCUCCCGUCACCAGAGUCUGUCAGUCAGACGAGUCGUACCAGAAGCUGGCCAUGGAGACCAUGGAGGAGCUGGACUGGUGCCUGGACCAGCUGGAGACCAUCCAGACCUACCGCUCCGUCAGCGACAUGGCCUCCAACAAGUUCAAGAGGAUGUUGAACCGGGAGCUGACGCACCUGUCGGAGAUGAGUCGCUCCGGCAACCAGGUGUCAGAGUUCAUUUCCAACACCUUCCUUGACAAGCAGAAUGAGUUGGAAAUACCGUGCCCCAUGGCCAAGACCAGAGAGUGGAAGAAGAGACCCCACCACCAGACCCAGCUGGAGGGUCAGGGGACCUUGACCCAGAUCAGCGGGGUCCGGAAGCUCAGCCAGUCCACUGGGCUCCAAGGCAGCAGCAUCAGCCGCUUUGGUGUCAAGACAGAUCAGGAGGAGCUGCUGUCUGAGGACCUUGAGAACAUCAACAAGUGGGGUUUGAACAUCUUCAGGGUGGCCGAGCACUCCCACAACCGCCCGCUCACAUGCACCAUGUACACCAUCUUCCAGGAGCGAGACCUGAUGAAUACGUUUAAAAUCCCUACGGACACCUUCGUGACCUUCAUGAUGACCCUGGAGGCCCACUACCACUCAGACGUAGAAUACCACAACAGCCUCCACGCUGCAGACGUGGCCCAGUCCACACACAUCCUGCUCUCUACACCCGCUCUGGACGCCGUCUUCACGGAUCUGGAGAUCUUGGCGGCCGUCUUUGCGGCAGCCAUCCAUGACGUGGACCACCCUGGGGUCUCCAACCAGUUCCUUAUCAACACCAACUCAGAGCUGGCCCUGAUGUACAACGAUGAGUCUGUCCUGGAGAACCACCACCUGGCUGUGGGCUUUAAGCUGCUGCAGGAAGAAAACUGUGACAUCUUCCAGAACCUGACCAAGAAAGAACGCCAAUCCCUCCGCAGGAUGGUCAUAGACAUGGUCCUGGCCACAGACAUGUCUAAACACAUGAGCCUAUUGGCUGACCUGAAGACCAUGGUGGAGACCAAGAAGGUGACCAGCUCUGGAGUGCUGCUGCUGGACAACUACACAGACAAGAUACAGGUGAUGCGUAACAUGGUUCACUGUGCUGACCUCAGUAACCCCACCAAGUCUCUGGACCUUUACCGUCAGUGGACCGACCGCAUCAUGAACGAGUUCUCCCACCAGGGAGACCGCGAGAGGGAGAAAGGCAUGGAGAUCAGCCCCAUGUGUGACAAGCAUACGGCUUCAGUGGAGAAGAGCCAGGUGGGUUUCAUAGACUACAUCGUCCACCCGCUGUGGGAGACGUGGGCCGACCUGGUGCACCCAGACGCCCAGGACAUCCUGGACACCCUGGAGGACAACAGGAACUGGUACCAGAGCAUGAUCCCUCAGAGGCCCUCUCCCCCCUUCUGCACCGGUGACGGAGAGGGGGACGGAGAGGGAGGACACAGAUUCCAGUUUGAGCUGACGCUAGAUGACGAACAGGAUGGAGAGAUGGGAGUGGAGGAGGGCGAGAGAGGGACGGAAGAGGGGUGGUCGCCAGUUGACCAGGGCGGAGUGUAGAUGAACACAUGUGGGGCUUCCCCCACAUAAUGAGCCGUGACCUGCUAUCUUCAUAAAUGGAAGCACCAGUUUUAGGUUUUGUUUCACAUCUUGUUCUACUGCAGUGGAGGAAUCCUGCAAUCUGGCUCUUUGGUGUUGCUCUGCUUAUGCACUAGGGCCUGACUGGCUUUGGACCCAUGCAGAAGAGGGUGGGGAACCACAACCCUUGAUUUGGGAGCCCUCAGGAAGAAGAGUAUGAAGAGUUGAAGAGUGAUGCCUUGAAGGAGUCCUGUUGAAAAUGCUAGUGUGUGACAGAAGUACCGUAUCUUGGUUUUUGGUAGCCAGAUAAUACAAUCUUUGUUCUGACAAAUACUGAAGAUGACACUAAGCUAGGCGAAGACACUCUGUUGCGUUCAGUUGGGACAAGAUGAAAUACUUGCACUUCAGAGCGAUCUUUGUUCUUCGUGACUAUUUUCGAGUACAUGUUUUGUUUUGUAACAGGAUGGGAUGUUGCCGGGUAGCAUCCUAUGUUCAAACUAGUGAUCCACAGGUGUUUAUAACAAAGAACAUUUACCCAAGGAACAUCUACCCAAAGAACAUCUACCCUUUUUGUGACAAGUGUUUAAAGACUUUUGUGUGCCUUUUUGUUUUUUACGACAGGGUAUUUUGGACGUGAUUUUAUAAUUUAUUGAACAGGUUUGAACACGUCUUCCUGAUGUUUUUUCGGCAAUAGUCGCACAAGUUGCACUUUUUCUAAGGGUAGGAAGGGAGCUGGGAAAAUGUUUAAACUAAAGAGUCAAUAAAUCUACUAAUGAGAGGUUCUUCAUUACAGCCAAUUCAUGACUCUAUACAUGUAUUGUUAUAUGGUACCUCACACAUUUCAAAUCAAUAUCAACAAAUGCCACAGAACCUACAAGUUCCAUAUUCACAGCAAAAGGCAGUUUGCAAACCUGUUACUUUUGAUUUUACAUAUUUGCUUCACCGUAAAGCAAUGAUCUCAAUCUUUUCCCAUGUAAUCUGUCAAAACCAAUACGCUCCAAAGACCUGAUUAAUGCACAUUAACAGCCGAAUGGAACUCUGCCCUAAGAGAGGUGUUUUGCCAUACCUGAUUAAAACUUCAAUCAAAUUUAUUCAUAUAUUUAUUUAUUUAUUUUAAAUGUUAUUUUCUAUAUUUGUAAUUUUCCAUAUCACCCUUCCAAGAAUGGAAGAGGUGUAAAUUUGAUCUCUUAAUAUAAUGAGUGCAUAUAAUUAAAUAAUUGAGGCCAAUCAAAGUAAACCUUUGAAUGGUUUCUUUCCAGACAGAGAGAGAGAGAGACAUCUGAUAUUCUGAAGCCCCAGACCAAAGUCAAAAAACAAACCUCUAUUCAACAAUGUCUGAUGUCAGCUAAUGUUACUAUUUUGCCAUAUCCUCCUUGAGCUGACGCCUCACAAGUUUAGGCAGAAAUGGCAGAACAAAAACUCAACCAAAAAACAAAUGGCAUCUUUUUAAAUGUUGAUUCAAUGAUAAUUUAAUGUAAUCUAAAAUGUCCCCUGUAGCUUUGACCAGUUGGAUAGCUCAGCGCCUAGUUGCUAGUCUGUCUACAAUACAUCUAAAUGGUACUGCGAUGUCAACUGCAGCUCUCAGCUGUGGGGAGAUCAGCAGAACAUCACUAUGUGACAACAUUUCCCACAUUGACUCUGCGCGGGCACGUGUGUGUGUGUGUGUGUGUGUGUGUGUGUGUGUGUGUGUGUGUGUGUGUGUGUGUGUGUGUGUGUGUGUGUGUGUGUGUGUGUGUGUGUGUGUGUGUGUGUGUGUGUGUGUGUGAAUGAAUGAAUGAAUGAAUGAGGAAAACUUAGCCACUCAAUCUCCUCUUCUUUUCACCUAGUUCUGUGUCAAACCUUGAACUGUCUGAAACAGUGUAUUUAUAAUCUUUCAUCUGUAAAAAGAAUCAUAUUUAUAAAAUGUACAUUUGGUAUCAUUUAUAUGCACUACCAUUACUUGUCAAGACAAGUCAAACAUUUGUUCAACUGUAUAAUCCUCAAGAUUUACACGGAACAUUCUUAAACAGCCUUUCAGAUUCACAAUUCACAAUGGUGACAUUGUGAAUUGAUAAACUGAUUGCCAAGAAAUGUCAAUUGCCAACUUGAAUUUCUCAAUAAAUUGUUUUGGGGAAAUACUCUCAAACUAAACAAUUCCAGGAUUUGAAAUUCAAAUGGUUGGUUAGGAUCUGGAAAUCCCUAAAUCUACAGUAGUCUACAGUAGUCUAUAGUAAUGUACAGUAGUCUACAGUAGUCUAUAGUAAUGUACAGUAGUCUAUAGUAAUGUACAGUAGUCUAUAGUAGUCUAUAGUAAUGUACAGUAGUCUAUAGUAGUCUACAGUAAUCUAUAGUCGUCUAUAGUAAUGUACAGUAGUCUACAAUAGUCUAUAGUAGUGUACAGUAGUCUACAGUAGUCUACAGUAGUGUAUAGUAGUCUAUAGUAGUGUACAGUAGUCUAUAGUAGUCUACAGUAGUCUAUAGUAGUGUACAGUAGUCUAUAGUAGUGUACAGUAGUCUAUAGUAGUCUAUAGUAGUCUAUUGUGGUCUAUAGUAGUCUAUAGUGGUCUACAGUAGUCUAUAGUAGUGUACAGUAGUCUACAGUAGUGUACAGUAGUCUAUAGUAGUCUACAGUAGUCUAUAGUAGUCUACAGUAGUCUAUUGUAGUCUACAGUAGUCUACAGUAUUCUACAGUAGUCUAUAGUAGUGUACAGUAGUCUAUAGUAGUGUACAGUAGUCUAUAGUAGUCUAUAGUAGUCUAUUGUGGUCUAUAGUAGUCUAUAGUGGUCUACAGUAGUCUAUAGUAGUGUACAGUAGUCUAUAGUAGUGUACAGUAGUCUACAGUAGUGUACAGUAGUCUAUAGUAGUCUACAGUAGUCUAUAGUAGUCUACAGUAGUCUAUAGUAGUCUACAGUAGUCUACAGUAGUCUACAGUGUUCUAUAGUAGUGUACAGUAGUCUACAGUAGUCUACAGUGUUCUAUAGUAGUGUACAGUAGUCUACAGUAUUCUACAGUAGUCAAACGCACAACAUCUCUUGGGCGGUGCUUGGCAGAAACGUAAUUCCUUGGUUUCACUUGUUUUCCUGUUGUUAUAUGGAGCCAUAUGAAGGCUGCAUUGUUCCUAUAUUAUGUACGGUGACGGGUCAUUGUACAGCUGUAUGUUUAUUGGAAUAUUACAUUGUUUAAGAUGUACUUAUAUUUCCCAUGUAUUUCUCAAAAGUCUCACACAAUGUAUGGUAAGGUAUUGUAUAUUGUGAUCAACAAAUAUUUUGUAUGAAAUGAUUAAAAUGAGCAUGAAUUUGU